AUGGGCUGCUGCUCCUCCGUGCCGUCGCCAGAUGACGACCAACAAGAUUCGCCGUAUACCUACAAUCAUCAACACACCCAAAACCACACGAGCUCAACAAACCGCAAUGGUACAACCCCCGCAACCCCAACAGCAAGAAGAACAAACCGACGAAUCAGACACGCCCCAAACCUCCCCUUAGACGAGCACUACAAUGAACCGGUGCGCAACCAUGUCUGGCACAGCAAACGACGAACCUGGACACGUGCCCAGCUAGACCGCGAACGCACCGAGUUCUUCGAAACGCGCGUAACAGGGCGCCCGGAAGUCUGGGCCGCAGUCGCGAGCGCUAUAUCGCUCAUGCGCACGGGCGAUCUUGCUACCGCGCAGAGUAUCGUCGAUGCAGCGGGCGUUACGGUCCCCACCGGUGAUCUGUGUGAGGGGUGCUAUGAUCAGCAGGGGGUGCUUUAUCGGCUUCCGCAGUGUAUUGUUAGUGAUCCCGAGAAUAUGGUUGUGACGGCAGAUACGGAUGCGACUGUUUCGGAGCCGGGGGAUGGCCAUGAUGAGGAUGAGGAUGAGGAUGAGGAUGAUGAGCUUGAUGAUGACGGGCUUCGGGAUGGGAAGCUUGCUACGGAUGAUGCUUCUGGGGAUGAGUUGAUUGCGCGGGAUAUUGAGCGCCGGAGGGAUGAGAAAGGGAAGACGAGUGAGCGUGAUUUGAUCCGCGUGCUUGCGAGAUUGAGUGAUCGCGAAGGACCUGAUUUGGUGCUUUCUGUGGGGAAGGGGCAGACUGUUGGCUUUUUAGCGAGGAGGGUGCAUCAGGAGGCUGAGCUUGCGGACAAUGCGCGCGUCCGGAUUGCUUAUCUUGGUCAUUUGCUCAAGGAGCAGCAGCCUUUGCUUGAUCAAGGCUGGAAGAUUGGCCAUGUUGUUAACGCUUUGGUCGUUUCACCUAACGGGUCCGGUAUUCGACGGUGA